CCAAAGACCCUCAUAUUGAGCUCUGGAAUCCUCUAAGACUGAUUUUGGCUUCUGUUUAGCGCCCUCCCCCCUGCCCUCGGUUUGGGGUGAGAGGCUCCUCUGGUGGCGCUGGCAAGCGGUGCAUUCUGGCCUUUAUGGGGCCGCAUUCUACACUCUUGCUGGCAGCUCUUGCCCACUGUGUGUGUCCAGCGAGGCCCUGCAUCAUAUGUGAUCCAUUUGUGGUGGCAGCGCUGAAGACUUUGGAGGAGACGUACCUGCCCGGCCACCUGGAGCCCGAGUACCACAAAGCGUUCAUGAAGAAGGUGGAAGAAGAUGUGAGGAGCUUCAAAGAUCUGCCUAUAAAUAAGGAUACCUUUUUGGGAGUCGUGGAUGAGGACACACUGGAACAAGCAUCUUGGAGUUUUCUGAAGGAUCUGAAACGUAUCACAGACAGUGAUGUGAAAGGAGAGCUCUUUUCAAAGGAACUACUUUGGAUGAUUCAUCUGCAGAAGGACAUCUUUGCCACCCUUGCUGCACGUUUCCAAAAGGAAGUAUUUUGUCCCAACCAAUGCGGCACGAUGUCACAGACUCUGAUCUGGUGUAACAUAUGCGAGAAGCAUAUGUACUUUUGUCGGAAAUCCAUCGAUUGUGGAGAGCGCCAGAUCGAGGUGCAUCGCUUUGAAGACAUGGUGCUGAACUGUCAACUCAGUUGGCAUCACGCUUCUGAGGGACUUACGGAUUACAGUUUUUACAGGGUUUGGGGGAACAGUUCUGAGACCUUGAUGUCCAAGGGGAAAGAACCUUAUCUGACCAAGACGAUGGUGGGUCCAGAGGAUGCUGGCAACUACCGCUGUGUGCUAGGCACCGUCAACGCCGGUCCCGCCACCAUCAUCUACUAUCAUGUCACAGUAUUGCCCCCAAGGGCUGAAGAGGAAAAACCACCACCGAACAUCGUAACCCAGGAGGAGCCAGAGACUCCUGUCCAGGUGACUACACAGCCACCGGAGUCAGAGCCAGAGCCAGAGCCCGAGCCGGAGCCCGAGUCGGCGGAGCCCGAGCCGGAGCCGGAGCCGGAGCCAGAGCAUCAGCCGGAGCAGGAGCAGCAGCCGGAGCCGGAGCCACAGCCCGAGUCACAGCCGGAGCCGGAUCUGGAGCCGGAGCCACAGCCGCAGCCAGAGCCGGAACUCACACCUACAGUCUCUCCUCAUCCAGAGAAAAAACUGAAAAACCGCCUCUUAAUUCUGUUGAUCCUUGGCUUCGUGUUUCUUGUGACCAGCAUCAUUGUCUCGGUGCUCCACUUUAGAAAAUACAGAGCUAAAGCGAAGAGCUCAAGUGCGGCCCCCAAACCCUCCUCGACGGAUUUCAAGUCAGAGCACGAUUCGACCCCACAGUUGGGAUCCAGGAAGGUCUCUCAGACAGAGUUUAACACUGACUCUGGGGAUAGGGUCGAGGACGCUCAAAACUAAUAAAAGAUUUGACUUGU